CAUAGGAUGGCCCCACAGAACGCUGUGCAGCUGUCCCUGAAGAAGCCCACCUAUGCAGUGUGUGUGGUGGGCAUCAAGACGUAUGUGGAUGUUCGCAGCGAUGUACCCAAGGGCGCCAAGGCCUUCGGGGUCUCUGGGAGCUCCGGGGUAGGGAUCAUUAUGGUCUACGACCCAGCACGGGUGACAGAGCCUGCAGGCAAGUCCCACUGGCCCCUGGACGCCGACGUGGAUGUGACCAUAACUGUGGACACAGCCAGUAAGGACUUAAAUGAUCUCAAGGUGAAGGUCUCCUACUUCAGGCAGGACGAGGACAGAGCCCUGGGCCACAGCGUGCUCUACCUCACGGGCGUCGACGUCUCCCUCGAUGUUGACACAGGCCGCAAGGGCAAGGUAAAGAGGAGUCGAGGCGACAAGAAAACCUGGCGCUGGGGCCCCGAGGGCUAUGGGGCUAUCCUGCUGGUGAAUUGUGACAGGGAUAGUCCCAAGUCCAAGGGACUUGACCUCGCUGACAGCAAGUUGACGACACUGGAUGACCUGAAGGACAUGUCCCCAAUGGUGCUGACCUGCGAUGGCCCUGACAAGGUCUUUGACAGCCACAAGCUGGUCUUGAAAGUGCCGCUUUCUGAUGCCAGAAGAGUGGGGGUCUUCUGCGCUCGGGGUGGGAAUUCCCUCUCAAACUACAAGCAGGUGCUGGGCCCCCAGCAUCUGUUCUAUGAAGUAGAGCGGCAGCCAGGGGAGCGGGAGAUCAGCUUCUACGUGGAGGGGCUCGCCUUCCCCGACACCAAUUUCUCAGGGCUCGUCUCUCUCAGCGUCAGCCUGGUGGACAAGAGGACCCUGCUCGAGGUGACCAUCUUCACGGACACCGUGGCCUUCCGCAUGGCCCCCUGGAUCAUGACCCCCAACACCCAGCCCCCCCUGGAGCUGUUUGUGUGCAGCGUGGUAGACGCUCAUGGCUCAAAUGAGAAAUUUCUGAGAGACUUGUCUGAUCUGGUGUCGAAAGCCAACUGCAAGCUGAUCAUCUGCCCUUGGAUCGAAAAUCGAAAUGACCGCUGGAUCCAGGACGAGAUGGAAUUUGGCUAUGUGGACGCGCCUCACAAGUCCUUCCCAGUGGUCUUCGACUCCCCCCGAAACAGAGGCCUGAAGGAUUUCCCCUACAAGAGGAUCCUGGGUCCUGACUUUGGAUAUGUAACCAAGGAAAUCCCGUUUGCUGGCGCCUCUGGCCUUGACUCCUUCGGCAACCUGGACGUCAGCCCACCGGUGACAGUGGGUGGCAAGGAGUACCCCCUGGGCCGGAUCCUCAUUGGCAGCAGCUUCCCCAAGUCAGGUGGGCGGCGAAUGGCCAAGGUGGUGCGGGACUUCCUGAAGGCACAGCAGGUGCAGGCGCCCGUGGAGCUCUACUCGGACUGGCUGUCCGUGGGCCACGUGGAUGAGUUCCUGAGCUUUGUGCCCACCUCCGACCAAAAGGGCUUCCGGUUGCUCCUGGCGAGCCCCAGCGUUUGCCUGAGACUCUUCCAGGAGAAGAAGGAGGAGGGCCAUGGGGAGGCAGCCCAGUUUGACGGGUUAAAGAACCAGGCGAAGAGAAGCAUCAAUGAAAUGCUGGCAGACAGACGCCUCCGGAGAGACAGUCUCCAUGUACAGAAAUGCAUCGACUGGAACCGGGAGGUGCUGAAGCGGGAGCUGGGCCUGACGGAGCAGGACAUCGUGGACAUCCCGCAGCUCUUCUACCUGCAGGGCCCCUACGCAGAAGCCUUCUUCCCCGACAUGGUCAACAUGGUGGUGCUGGGCCAGCACCUGGGCAUCCCCAAGCCCUUCGGACCCCUCAUCAACGGCCGCUGCUGCCUGGAGGAGAAGGUGCGCUCCCUGCUGGAGCCGCUGGGCCUCCACUGCACCUUCAUCGACGACUUCCUGUCCUACCACAAGCUGCUCGGGGAGAUCCACUGUGGGACCAACGUGCGCAGGCAGCCCUUCCCCUUCAAGUGGUGGCACAUGGUGCCCUGAGCCUGUCCACCCCGGCGUCCUC